AUGCUGGCCUCCUUCUGGAAGACGCUCGUCUUCCUGGCAGCUCUACCACUACAGAAUGUCUCUGCUCAACAGUACAUGGGAGAUGUCAUUCCCAAUGCCACAUACCCUGGUGUUCCUGGCUCAGAGAUCGUCUACUUCAGAGUCAAGGAUCCCGCUGGAGUAAACAACAACCUCACUCUCGUUAACUAUCAAUCUUUCGGAUCAAAUGGCAAGCGUAUCAAUCCAGCUAAGGUCAAACGUGCUGUUAUCAUCAUCCAUGGUCUUAACCGCGAUGCGGGCACUUACAUGGCUAACGUGAGUUGUUUACAAUGCCUCACAGGCGACCCCAACAUCAACUUCGAUUCCGUGGUAAUUAACGCACCCAGCUUCCCCAACGGAGAUGACAAGAAUGUCUCAUACCCCUACUGGGAUUACCCUCCUGGUGCUAAGAGAAAGGCUGCCGGCGGCAAUCAAUCCUGGACCAACUUGCUUGUAUGGAAGGCAUCGCAAUGGGCUGGCGGCGGUACCAACCAAUACCCCAACAAGGCCCAAUCCGUGUCUUCUUACGAAGUCCUCGAUCAGCUGAUUGCAUGGUAUGCCAACAACUUCCCUAAUCUUAACCAAAUCGUCAUCGCUGGCCACUCUCUUGGUGCACAGACUGUCCAACGCUAUGCUACUGUUGGCAAGCCUCUGAGCUCUAUCGGAGUCAACGUCCCUGUUACCUACUGGAUUGCCAACCCAAACAGUCUUGUCUGGCUGAACUCAUCUCGUCCUCUUUCCACUGCUGGCUGCGCAGAUUACGAUGACUGGCGCGAUGGCCUCUCUAACUACACCGAUUACCCUAGCGUUUACAAUACCGGUCUGGUCGCUUCUGGUGACGCACAAGUACAAGCCAACUACCAGGCUAAGAACAAGGCCUACGCUCGUGGUACCCUUGACAUGGGAGAUGACUCGUCUACCUGUGCUCCUCGCACUUCUGGCGCCAAUCGCCACGAGCGUUUCUACUACUUCAUCAACUGGUGGGCUCCUACUUGUGAGGCCCCUACUACACCCUCAGGCCACUGUGACACCGUCGACUUGAUUCCUAUGGGCCAUGAUGGUGGUGGUAUGAUGGCUUCUCCUGCCGGUCGCGCUCGUCUCUUUAGUGACAACUUCUAUGGUGAUGGCGCGAGAUCUUAUGAUUUCGGUUACCCUCGCAUUCAGUCAAACGUGGAUGAUCCAUACCCCGACCCUGCUCAAAACUCGUCGACUGAUGCUUCACCCAAUGCGGGUACAUACGCUGGCAACAUGACCUAUGCAGGCUGCUACACCGAUUCUGGCACUCGUACUCUGGCCUACAUGGCCUACGACUCCACCUCGAACACUAUCGAGAUGUGCACUAACGCUUGUCUCAAUGCUGGCUACUCGAUUGCAGGCUUGGAAUACGGUAGCCAGUGUUGGUGUGGCAACACGAUCGGUCCCAACGCACGGAAAGUCCUGAGUCUUGGUUGUUCUCAACCCUGCGCCGGAAACACUACCGAAAACUGUGGUUCGGCCAACCGUCUGCAACUUUACUCGAACAUCCCUAUUGUUCAGACUGUUGCUCCUUCCAAUCCCGAAGUCGUCGGCAACUACUACUUCGCUGGGUGCCACAGUGAAGCGUCCAGUGGCCGUGCUCUUUCCGGUCCUUCAUAUUCUGAUGGCAAGAACAUGACUCUUGAGAACUGUGCAGCCUUCUGCAAUGGCUACAAGUACUUCGGUAUCGAGUACGCUGGUGAGUGUUACUGUGGUUCAUACUUUGGUGCCAGCAGUGCAGUCGUGUCGGACGACACUUGCUCUAUGGUGUGUACCGGUAACUCCCUCGAACUUUGCGGUGCAGGUGGUGCUCUUUCUGUCUACGAACUUAGCUCUGAUGCGAACGUCACGACUAUCACUCAGGGCUCAACAACCGCUGCAUCCGCUCCGACAAACACCGGUGCAUCCUCUACCCUUCCUUCCAGCAGUCUCUGCCCUGCCACCAAUGGUCAGUCCAUUGCAGACUCGAACAACGUUACCUACACUAUCGCCUGUAGCUCAGACACAAACGUUGGCUCAUACUCCAGCGCUCAAGCAAGUGGCUCAUACUUCGACUGUAUGGUUGCUUGCGACAAUGCUGCAUCUUCUGGUUGUGUUGCAUUCACUUAUACUGUUGCUGAUUCGAACAACGCCACCUACACCGUAGCAUGUUCUUCAGACACAAGCAUUGGCUCGUACUCUAGCGCUCAAGCAAGUGGCUCAUACUUCGACUGUAUGGUUGCUUGUGACAAUGCCGCAUCAUCUGGAUGUGUUGCAUUCACCUAUGUCGGUGGAGCGCUGGGAUCUGGUAGCGGCACCUGCUACCUUAAGAACAGUGUCGGUAGCUUCACAGGAGCAGCCAACAACCUUGUGUCUGGAUCAAGGGUCUCGUCUGGUUCUACUGGAGGAGCCGUCGCCACAACAACUUCUUCUGCCGCUGCUGCAGCGACUACAUAUGCAGAUGGCGCAACACCUUCUGUCAAUGGUGUUACUUACGCUAUCGAGGUCAACGUAACCUACUCUGGCCAGACUCUGACUCUCACAAAGAAGCGCGCCGCUGCCGUCAUUGGUGACUGCUUGAACACUUGCUCUCAGAGCACCUCAUGUGUCGGAACCGCAUUCGACGGUUCUGUUUGCACGUACUAUGGCUCGAUCGACACAAGCAGCAAAGUGUCCGCUCCUGGCACGACUUUUGCUACUGUCGAGGCCCGCAGUACCGCUACAUCUACCUCUUCGAGCUCUACAGGACUUCCUUCCGCCUCGCUAUGCCCCAGCGCCAAUGGUCAAACGGUUAAUGGAUACGUUGUCAGCUGUUCGUCCGACACAAACAUCGGAUCGUACUCGAGCGCAAAUGCCGUGAACUCUUACCUCGAGUGUAUGUCCGCCUGCAACGCUGCAGCUUCCACUGGCUGUGUUGCAUUCACUUACGUUGGAGGCAACAAUGGUGUCGGAUCGGGUUCAUGCUAUUUAAAGAACAGCAAGGGUAGCUUCACCACCGCUGGUGGUCCCAACUACGUCGCCGCUAUGAUUGCCUCUCAGCCUUCAUCAUCGUCUUCAUCUUCGUCGAUCAGCUCAACUCAGAGUGGAACUACCAGCUCCUCUGCAGCUGUGUCUUCGAGCUCGACUGCAACCUCUUCUUCUGCUACUGCCUCGGCCUCAAGCGGCCUCUGUCCUUCUGUGGACUCUCAGGACAUCACCGAUUCGAACGGAAAGGUCUAUACCAUUCGUUGCCAGUCUGAUACCGACGUCGGCUCCUUUGCAAAUGCUCAAGCUGCUAACACCUAUGCUGACUGCAUGACUGCCUGCGAUUCUACAACCGGAUGUGUCGCAUUCACUUACGUCGGUGGAGCUCAAGGUCAAGGUUCAGGAACCUGUUGGAUGAAGAACAGCAGAGGAAGCGCCACCUCAGCCGGUGGCAACAACUACGUCGCCGGAUUCUUGAAGCAGUCCGCUUCGAGCUCUGUUUCGUCUGCUUCUUCAAGCUCAACUUCAUCCACCACGGUUUCGUCUACCACAGUCUCGUCGUCGGGAGCAGCAUCGAGCAGUUCUUCCGCUAACCUUUGCCCGCAAGCAAAUGGACAGAUCAUCACUGAUGCAAACGGCAAGACUUACAACGUGACUUGUUCUUCGGACAACAGUGUCGGCUCUUACACAAACGCUCAGGCUUCUUCGUCCUACCUCGACUGCAUGACAGCCUGUGAUGCCGCCUCUUCUUCAGGCUGCCAGGGCUUCACCUAUGUCGGUGGCACAUGUUGGUUGAAGCAGAGCAUGGGUGCUUACACUGCUAACGGCAACAACUACAUUUCGGCUGUUCUGGUCGUCAACUCCAACUCUAACGUUGUUUCUCUUAGCAGCUCGGUCUCUUCAUCGACCGCCUCUUCAUUGACCGCCUCUUCAUCGACCGCCUCUUCGUCGAACCCCUCUUCCUCCAUUACCUCUUCCUCGACAGUCUCGUCGAGCAGCACUAGCAGUGUCGCUUCAACUUCGUCGAGCAGCACUGUUUCUUCUUCAUCGACUGUCUCCUCAUCAAGCAGCAGCACAGCCUCAUCCUCAUCAAGCAGCAGCAGCACUGUUUCAUCCUCGAGCUCUUCUAUUUCUUCCACCGCUACCUCUUCAAGCAGCAGCGUGAUUCCAUUAUCAAGCAGCAGCACUGUCUCUUCCUCGUCGAGCACUGUUUCUUCAUCUUCAAGCAGCACUGUUUCGUCUUCUUCUUCGAGCAGCUCGGCCUCCUCCUCAUCCAGCAGCGUGGCAACUACACUCUCCACAUCCACAGCAUCUGCCUCAGCUUCUUCGUCCACUGCCCUCUCGCUUCCUACUGGCUUUGCUUCCUACGGCUGCUUCGUUGACGGAAGCACUCGCGCCUUGUCCUACUCCGCUUACUCCAGAAGCGACAACACUCCCUACAAGUGCGCAUCUACUUGCCAGAGCUUGGGAUACAAGUACGCAGGUACCGAGUACGGAAGCGAGUGCUGGUGCUCCAACACCGCACCCACUUCCAGCACCAACUAUGGCACUUGGAACUUGAUGGCUUGCUACACCGACAACACCAACGGUCGCGUGUUGCCCAAGACCAUGAGCAUGACCGGUGGUUCCAACAAUGCCACCAUCGCCAACUGCCUUGACGCUUGUGCAAGAAGCGGCCUCAGUGUCUGCGGUGCUGAGUACUACCAAGAGUGUUACGGCGGCUCAGUUGCCCCCAACAACAACCUGAUCGCUGGUUCGGACCCUCUCGCCGCUGGUUGCAACUACCCUUGCAGCGGCAACAAGACUGAAGCAUGUGGUGGAUCCAACAAGAUCCUGGUCUACAUCAACAACGGCACUGCAUCCGCUCGUCACUGA